GAGUAUGUUAAGACUUGAGAGUGAGAGAGAGAGAGUGAGAGAGAGUGUGAGAUAGAGAGAGACGCUUCGCAAAUCUCAAUCGAAUCUCAGAAAAAUGAGAGAAAUAAUCAGCAUUCACAUAGGUCAGGCCGGGAUCCAGGUCGGAAACUCCUGCUGGGAACUCUACUGCCUCGAACAUGGCAUCCAGCCCGACGGCAUGAUGCCUUCUGACUCCACCUUCGGUGUAGCCCACGACGCCUUCAACACCUUCUUCAGCGAAACCGGAUCUGGCAAGCACGUCCCCCGUGCUGUCUUCGUCGACCUCGAACCCACCGUCAUCGACGAGGUCCGCUGCGGCACCUACCGUCAACUCUUCCACCCCGAACAACUCAUCUCCGGCAAGGAAGACGCCGCCAACAACUUCGCCCGCGGCCACUACACCGUUGGCAAAGAGAUCGUAGAUCUGUGCUUGGAUCGCGUCCGCAAGCUCGCCGACAACUGCACCGGCCUACAAGGCUUCCUCGUCUUCAACGCCGUCGGCGGUGGCACCGGUUCCGGUCUCGGAUCUCUCUUACUCGAGCGUCUCUCCGUCGAUUACGGCAAAAAAUCCAAAUUAGGGUUCACCAUUUACCCUUCCCCACAGGUUUCAACCGCAGUCGUUGAACCCUACAACAGCGUCCUCUCCACCCACUCCCUCCUGGAACACACCGACGUGGCGGUCCUCUUGGACAACGAAGCCAUCUACGACAUCUGCAGGAGAUCCCUCGACAUCGAGAGACCAACCUACACCAACCUCAACAGGCUCAUUUCCCAGAUCAUUUCGUCCCUCACCACUUCCUUGAGGUUCGAUGGUGCCAUCAAUGUGGAUAUCACUGAGUUCCAGACCAACCUUGUGCCCUACCCUAGGAUCCACUUCAUGCUUUCGUCCUAUGCUCCGGUUAUCUCUGCCGCCAAGGCCUACCACGAGCAGUUGUCGGUGCCGGAGAUCACCAAUGCCGUGUUCGAGCCCGCCAGCAUGAUGGCCAAGUGUGAUCCAAGGCACGGCAAGUACAUGGCUUGCUGCUUGAUGUACCGUGGUGAUGUUGUCCCUAAGGAUGUCAAUGCUGCUGUUGCCACCAUCAAGACUAAGAGGACUGUUCAGUUUGUUGAUUGGUGUCCAACUGGAUUCAAGUGUGGUAUCAACUACCAGCCACCUUCUGUUGUUCCUGGUGGUGACCUUGCUAAGGUUCAGCGUGCUGUAUGCAUGAUCAGCAACAACACCGCAGUUGCUGAGGUGUUCUCUCGCAUUGACCACAAGUUUGAUCUGAUGUAUGCCAAGAGGGCUUUUGUUCACUGGUAUGUUGGUGAGGGUAUGGAAGAAGGGGAGUUUUCUGAGGCUCGUGAGGACCUUGCUGCUCUUGAGAAGGACUAUGAGGAGGUUGGAGCUGAAGGAGCGGAAGAUGAUGAGGAAGGAGAGGACUAUUGAUAAUCGAAGGCUUUUUUUUGUUAUCAAUGUAAUUGUUUCCGAGUUAAAAGGGUAUAUGCUUCGUUACAUUACCCUGAACCAUUAUUGUUCGUUCUUUUUUGUUUUUGCUCCUGCUGUGUGAUAUAGUUCUCCAUUAUUCAAACUGUGAAGUGAUCAACAUUAUGCUUCUAUUUGGUGGUUUAGGACCUGUUGUUUGCGAUCCUCAGUCAUGUAUUCAGAAUUGUCCAUGUCAAAAGUUGAUUUCUUAUGUUUAUCUCGCAAAUUUUACCGGA